AUGUUUCGCCAGUCACUUCUUCGAUUCCCAUGGUGGAACUUCCAGACGGAACACCGUCAGCGGUGCGUGAUGAUGUACGGCGGCGCGCGCACCAAGAACACACACAACGCAAAUCACCGUGUCUACAUCCGCAAGUUCAAACGUAAUGCUUUCCCAAAUCGCACGCGCCAUCAUUGGGCUGUCUCGAUGACCGGUGUGCAGGGGCAGCGUCCACGUCGCAUGCCGUGGCCGUACGACCUGACGUCAAUGAUUUUCAACCAACCUCGCCAAGGCUCUGACAAGAUUGGCUACGUAGUCAGUACCAGCAUGCUCAAGACGGCUGUUGUGGCAGCGAAUCACAUGGUCUACUACCCGAAGUUCAACCAGCGUGUGUCACGCACGAGCCGGUUCUUUGCUCACGAUGAGGAUCUUGCCUGCGUGGAGGGAGAUCUGGUGCACAUCAAGCAGUCUCGAAAGAUCUCCAAGUACAAGCACUACUACGUCUUCAGCAUCUUAGAGCCGAACAUUGAGGGAAGAGAGCGGCUGAAGCUCGGGCUCAAGGCAGUGCCGCCACCGCUCUUUGGCUACCCAGUUUCGCGCCGUAUCGUGAAGUUGAACCUGACCAAUACAGAGGGUACAAAAGAGAAGCUGGCAGCGGCGAUUCAGGAGCACGUGCAGGAUGCCUAUCGGUUCGCUGGUCCAACGCCAAACGAACCGCGCGCCAAGCUGACGGACUCUGCUUCCUUCGACGAGGCGAACAAAAUGAUAGCUCCAAACGCGUCUGUGACGGCGGAGCUGCCGCCAGGAGAGGAGCCCGUGUUUCUUGGAGACGGGCAACCUGUGGCCGAAGAGUUCAGCGAGGUGGAGGAGGAUAGGCGCCAGAAGAAGGGUGAGGAUUACUGGAUGAAUCUGCAGCCGUCUGACAAGUACGACUUCAAAAAUCUGAAGAAGACACCGUAG